UUUCUGGUCUUUCGUCUUUCAGGGUCAGCGGUGCAACAGCACUCACUUACUCCACAGAUAGCUACAGUUAGACAGCAGUCACCUAAACCCAAACCUUUUGGCUUAAAAAGUCUGCUUGUGGUUUAAUCUGAUUAAACAGCAAAGCCGUCCCUUCUUCGUAAGACCAGGCUUACUCUUCUGCCAUCUCUAGGCCAACGAAAGAAUGGACUAUCUAACGAAAGUGGUUGUUUUGUUCUUGUUCCACCUAUACUUUGGUUGGCUUAGCUCGAUUUCAGCAAGUACAAUAUCUGGAGGGGAGGUCAUCAACCUUGGCCACAGACCACCUUCCUGGGCACCAAUAAUGCAAACAAGUGCAAAUCUCUCUGAUGUUACAAGCAUCAGGUCCUUUUUUGAGUUCCGUACGCUUGAUCCGGAGGGUGCCAUAUUCUACGGAGAUACCAAGGAGGGUCGAGACUGGUUUGUGCUUUCAUUACGUGAUGGGAUACCUGAAAUGCAGAUAGGGAAAGCAAAUAUCCUGGUCAGUGUGAAGGGAGGACCAAAACUGAAUGAUGGGGCCUGGUACAAAUUGGAGUUGCGUAGUGAGGGCAAGUAUGUGGUUCUGGAAGUGAACAACAAAGUGGAGCUGGCAGUUGGUCUUGAGUCGGCGGAGACAGAUGAUGUUCUAACAGGAAUAAUACGGCUGGGUCUUGGAGGGAUGCUGGUGGACCCAAAGAGGCUACUGCAUCCAUUUAAGCCACAGAUGGAUGGAUGUGUAAGGGGAGGGAUGUGGCUAAACCUCAGUACUCUCUGGGAAACAGAUCCAAGCUGGGAGCUACGGCCUUGCUUCCCUGAGAUCAAGAAAGGCAGCUACUUCCCUGGGAGCGGAUUAGCUGUGUUCAAUACGUCUGAUCUUCCUGGAGUGGAGACAGUGGAGAAAGGAAUUACAAUUGAGGUCUAUGGAUCUUGGCAAGGGACAUUACUAAGUCUUCAAAGUCCAGGUUUUGAGUAUGUUCUGCCAAAGUUUGAAGGAAACCAGGAAAACAAGGAUCUCACCAUGGAGCUGAAAGAAGGAUCUGGCUCUGUCAACACUGCUCCCCCUCUCGAACCCACCAAGCUGACUUUGAACAUACUGAAACAUUCUCUGACGGUUAAUGGUAAUACAGUGGUCGAGGAUGAAAGCUUGGACUUUCUCUCUAGGUGGAGAGAAGGGAUGCUCUUAGCAUUUGGUGGAGUGCCAGGUCAGACCAAAGACACAGAGAGUUCACAUCACCUCAAAGGCUGUUUGGAGAAGAUCCUCAUACAGGGAGAGGACACUGAUCUCGAUCGGGCCUUGUUCAAGCAUACAUCUGUUUCAUCCCAUAGCUGUCCUGCAAAAGCAAUAAAUGAACUCACUUAAAACUAGUAUGCAGCUUUCAUCACAGCGAGUUAAGUUCUUUAACUUGUCCCACUGUCUGUUGAACGAUCACUUAUAGUGGAUAGGUCUAUUUAAUCAAUGGCUGUUCUAACCCAUAAGCAGCCAUGUUACGUGUUCUACAUACUGAAAAAAAGAUGCCUGAGAAUAACUGUCACUUCCAGCAAGUGGUGUAUUACAUUAACAUCCAUCACUGGAAUCCCCCA